UAUAAAAAGGCAAGGAAAAGCUAGUUGUUCAGUGUCAGUCCAAGUUUGCAAUACUCCCUGGUCCAGUUGUGAUCAUCUGCAUCUGAUAGCAACAUGAAAGCCUGCGCGCCUGUUGUCAUGAUUCUUCUCAUCUUUGCCUUCUGCUCCCAGGCCUCCUCUACUCCAGUGGGUUCUGACAUUCCAACCUCCUGCUGCUUCUCCUACACAAGCCGCAAGCCGCCACGUAACUUAGUGGUGAAGUAUUACAGGACCAACAAGAAGUGCUCCUGGCAAGCUGUUGUGUUUAUCACCAAAAAAGGCCGUGAAAUUUGUUCUAACCCUGAAGACUCAUGGGUUCAAAAGUACGUGAACAGCCUGGAACAGAACUGAGUAGUGCAGGGACUGAAAAAAACCUGAAAGCAUUAUUAUUCCUAUCAAUUACUUGCCCUUUGGGAGCACCUGAGAGCCCCAGCAUGGACUGGAACCUGAAUGGCACACACAAAGAGAAUAGUCUAAUGACAGAUUUCACUGAGUACCUUGUGACAGGCACAAUGCAGGGCCUUGCUUCAUGACACCCCAAUCAAAAUUACUGCUAUCCACCCACUUGAAAAAAAAAGAGAAACCGUGGAAUUUAGACGCUGUUUAAAACUAUUUAAGAAAUGCAGCCAGUGCAAAUGAUAUUUUUCUAUUGCUACUACUCUUAUUUAUGGGGCCUUUGUAGGCAGGUUGCCUGAGCUGACUCGCUGUGACUGUCACAUGCCUGUGGCUGUUAAAUGGAUUUUGUACCAGACAGAGUGUUUGUGCUGUGAUUCUUAUCAAUUAUCUGGGCUUGUUGACAAUGUAGUGUGGAAAGAUGAUUUGAAGAAUAAAUAUUUUAUAUAAAACUACCUUGUUUUUCCCUUAAUUUCAGCACUUGGAAUGUUUCCUGGGCCCAGGAACAUAAUAUGUAACAGACCCUGUCCUUCCCCCCUUAACAGUCAAACAAGGAAAAAGAGUGGGUGUACAAUUUGUUGGUCUGCCAAAUUUCAUGCAAAUUUAACUCAUGCAGAACUCAGAGCCACCUCUGGCACACAUGCACCUCUCCAUCUAUAUCAUUCAUCUUGCAUGACCUACAAAGGGCGCACAACCUCAACUGCCCACCCACCUUUAACAUACAUACAUCUGACUCCCCAGGUACCUCUCCACUUUUACCUGCUACAUCCCUCUCCUCUCCCAGCUUGUCUCUCACCCCCUGAUGCCUCUAUUUACAUUUUCACUGACUGGCUUUCUUGCAUGCAUACCAACCUCUGGCUUCUUUACUAUUCAUUUCAUCCAGGAGGAGCACCCACCAACUGCAAAUACUUCCUCAGCUUGACAAA